AUGGGUGCUCAUCAUAUCGGACUAUGCAAAGUAAUCCCACCAGAAGGUUGGACUCCUCGUCCUGAGGGUUAUAUGAACAUCGAUCAUUACGUUGUCGAAAAACCGGUUUAUCAAGUGACACAUGGAAGUCGUGGAGUAUUUUUUCAGGAAAUCAUUCCAAAGAAGAGUAUAUCAUUUAAAGAAUUUCGUUCAUUGGCCUGUUCGAGCCCUCGUGCAACUCCAAACCAUCGCGAUUUAGAGCACCUUGAAAAGAAAUACUGGGGUUCUGUUAAUACAGGACGACCGCUCUAUGGUGCCAAUGUAAGUGGCAGUUUAACUACAAAUCAAGAUGGCUGGAAUAUUGCACAUUUGGAUUCUAUGCUUAGUCGUGUUUUAAACUCUGAAAAUAUAAAAAUACCCGGGGUCAAUACUCCCUAUUUGUAUUAUGGUAUGUGGAGGUCCACAUUUGCCUGGCACGUUGAGGAUGUGGAUUUGUACUCCAUUAACUACGUCCAUUUCGGUGCACCCAAAUUCUGGUACGUGAUCCCUCCGGCCUAUGCUCGUCGAUUCGAAGCGUUUGUUUUUGAAUACUUUCGAGCAGAUUUCGUUCAUUGUCAUUGUUUCCUGCGCCACAAAUGCGUCCUGAUUCAUCCGAACAUGUUAGAAAGAGCGGGAAUACCCACACGAAAGAUCGUGCAGAAUGCUGGUGAAUUCAUGAUCACCUUUCCUUAUGCUUAUCAUAGUGGUUUUAAUAUGGGUCUGAAUAUUGCCGAAUCCACUAAUUUUGCGUUACCACGUUGGAUUGAGUAUGGGAAAAAAGCAUUGCUCUGCCAUUGUUGGGAUGACACGGUGAAGAUCUGCAUGGACCCUUUCGUUAAACUCUACCAACCCCAUCUAUACAAUGAUUGGUCAAAGGGAAUCGAUGUAAUACCACAUCCUCUAAACGAAUAUGACGAAUUGCAUACAACCCGAGUAGCGCAUUCCACUUUAAGUUAUCCUUCAAAAGCCCCGUCAAACAAACGUAUUCCUAUCUCGGAUCGCCCCAGGUCAGUUGGCAAAAGAUCGAUCGAUCCAGGUUUGGAUAAUACAUGCAAAGCUGAAAUCCCAUUUGAAAUUGGGGACCUUAAUGUAUUGGAUGUGCGUUACGUGGCAAAAAAUUUAAUGGGUGGACGUUUGCCGUACCAUGUUAUGAACAACGGAUUGAUUUCACUUUUCUCUGGAGGUGUGUAUGAUCCUCGGGACGAACGACGAUUCAAUCAUUUGAUCGGAAGUUUCGAACCGCAUUGUGCCAUCUGUGCUCUGCUAUGGUCUCCACAGCAUUUCGGGAUGGUGAUCAAUUCCUCAUCACCAAAAGUUCCUCUACCCGCCUGCGGAACCCCUCAUAUUCCGGAACUCGCGUACACCCGUUCAGACGGUAUACCAACCCAUUUUGAUCUAUCCCUUCCCGUCAGAAGCCCGAUUCUGCGGUGUUCCCUAUGCUCGCUCACAGUGCAUGCAAAGUGUUACGGUGUGGGUGUCCUGCCUCAGAACAGUUCCACAGAACAGUCAACAUCACACGAGACCAAAUCCCGAUCCGCGUUUUGGCACUGCGAUGCUUGCCUAGCCCCCUCGAAACCCUCCUGUUUGUUAUGCUAUAUGCAUGGAGGCGCAAUGAAACAGCUAUUGAAUCCACCAAACCAGCAUACCGGUCGACCAUAUUGGGCACACAUUGUCUGCGCGUUGGCUAAUCCCGGUUGUCGGUUUUUGGAUGUUCCACGCCGAAUGGCUGCGAUCUCUGCGGACGCCAUUCGCAUAUCCAAAUCUCGACCACAUCGGGGUGCAAAACGUUACAAGCGACCUAGCAAUGCACCACAGGAUUCAGAGGAGGAGACAAAGCCCUCAUACCCCAGAAAGGAAAUCAGCCCCACUGUUCAGUUUUCAACACCCGGAGAGUUUACUACUCAUGUGACCAGUAGUUGUGUGGAUCGUGAGGUGACUGAAACAGAGGGUAGACAAGCGAAUCCCAGUUUCCUGGAUGUUCUCUUAUCCGAUACUCCGUUGGAUGAUUUAUUCCCUGAAGUUACAAAAUACUCUGAGGGACCGUAA